AUGGGCAUUCCACACUUUCUUGCAAUACCUUACCCAAUCCUAGGACACAUGAAUCCCCUUUUGCAGUUCUCUAUGGUUUUGAUCAACAAAAUAUGCAAAGUCACUUUCGUGAUUUCAGAUGGUGACUACAACAAACUGAAGAGUGCAUUUGUGGGGCAGAGCAAAGUCAUAGAAUCACAUAUAAAUGUAGUUUCUCUCCCAGAUGGUGUGGAUUCUGAAGAUGACAGAAAGGAUCAAACCAAAGUUAUCAAGUCCACCAUAAACAACAUGCAUGCUAAGCUUCCCAAGCUCAUAAAAGAUAUAAAUGAUCUGGAUAGUGAAAACAAGAUUUCUUGUAUAAUUGUCACUAAAAAUAUGGGAUGGGCCUUGCAAGUCGGCCUCGAAUUAGGAAUUAAAGGGGCUCUAUUCUGGCCAGCCUCAGCAACUUCUCUUAUAUCCUUUGACUCCAUACAGAGGCUUGUUGAUGAAGGAUACAUAGAUUCCAAAAAUGGACUUCCAACCAGAAAACAAGAAAUUAAGCUUUCCUCAAAUUUGCCUAUGAUGGACGGAGCUGCCAUGCCGUGGUACUGCUUGGAUAGUGCCUUUUUCUUCCUUCAUAUGAAGCAAGAGAUGCAAAAUUUGAUUUUAGGAGAAUGGUGGCUUUGUAACACUACAUUCGAUCUUGAAGCAGGAGCAUUUUCCACAUCCCCAAAACUCCUACCAAUUGGCCCUUUGGUGGAAAAUGAGCACAACAUAAGUUUAUUGUGGCAAGAAGACACAGCAUGCUUAGAUUGGUUGGAUCAGCAGCCACCUCAAUCUGUGAUAUAUGUUGCGUUUGGUAGCAUGGCCUCAAUAGAACAAAGUCAAUUCAAAGAAUUAGCUCUUGCACUUGAUCUCCUUAAAAGGCCUUUUAUUUGGGUUGUGCGCAAAGAUAAUGGUUCCAAGGUGAAUAAUGAAUUCCCAGAUGAAUUUCGGGGAACACAAGGUAAAAUUGUUGGUUGGGCACCACAAAAGAAAAUUUUGAGCCACCCUUCCUUAGCAUGUUUCAUUAGCCACUGUGGUUGGAAUUCAACCAUGGAAGGUGUAUAUAACGGGGUGCCUUUCUUGUGUUGGCCAUUCUGCAGUGAUCAACUUAUGAACAAGACAUAUAUCUGUGAUGUGUGGAAGGUUGGACUGGGAUUUGACAAGGAUGAAAAUGGAUUAAUAUUAAGGGAAGAGAUAAAGAAGAAGGUGGAGCAACUACUUGAAGAUGACGUAAUAAAAGUAAGAUCUUUGAAACUGAUGGAAAUGGUUAUCAAGAACAAAGUAGAAGGUGAAAAAAAUAUCAACAAGUUUAUCAAUUGGGCCAAUCAGAAAUAA